AUGCCGCGAGGUGCGCGCCAUCGAGCCAUGCUGAAGAGAGAGCACUGGGAGCUCGGCACGCCCGACGAGUACGGCCCCGACGACGCGAGCGCCAGCGCGCAUAAUAGCGACGACUGGGCCGCCGGCGAGCAGCGCCAGGCCUCCGUCGAGCCCGAGUCGUCGGUCGACACCUCGUCCAACGCCGCCGCCGCCGCCGCCGCCGCCGCCGCCGCCGUCGCCCCCCGCGAGCCGGGUCCCAAGCGCAGGAGGUGCUCCCACCCCGCGCGGCAGAGGACGCAGAAGCUCGCGCCGGGGACUCCGCGACCCAUCCCGUGCGAGGGGUGCGUCAAGGCCGCCAUCGCGGGCAAGGGCGCCCGCGGCCGGUGCGUCGAGUCCGACGGCAACUCGCUGCGAUGCUCGGCCUGCAAGGCGGGUAACCAUCCGUGCCGGCCGUGCAAUCCCAUCAUGGUGCCCUUGGUCACGCGGAUGCUGCGCGCCAACGACGAGGGCAAUCAAAAGUUGUACGACCAGUGCCGGAAAUCCCUCCGGCUGCAGCUGCUCCUCAUCAACGAGCCCGACUCGGUAUACGCGGAAACCGGCCCGGCGCCCCGCGAGCCCGACGUUGCGCCCGGCACCUCGUCGGCGACGGUGGCCGCCAAGAAGGCCAGGGUGAUGGCGCUCCUCGAGCAGGUUGUCGACGCGAUUCUGGAGUGA